GGAGCUGCGCGGCGACGGCAGCGGAGGGGGAGCGGUCGGCUGUAGCGGCGGCGAAGCGCGCUUAGCUGCGGCAGAACAGAGAGUGGCGGCCCGCCCAGGAGACCUAUCCGGUCCGUGUGUUGCAGAGCUUAACAGAAUCCCUUCAGCACGGUGCCACCACAGUGGGUGUUCAGCCCAAAGCCCCGAGCUGUGUCCCUCAGCAGUGCCGCUGCUGGAAGAUCUCUGCUUUCCUCUCCUGCCCCAACGCUUCAACCCUUGGCCAAUCCGUGAGAGAGCCGUGAUGGACGAGUACAGGCUGUUUGUUUUGUAGGAGGGGCUAAAAGCUCCAUAACCUCAGGGCAAAGCUGCUGAGUGCUCAGACUGAGUUCCAGUCUGUGCAAGCAGGAAAUCAGAUACGUGGAAACAUGUCUGGGAAGCCAGUUCUGCACUAUGCCAAUAUACGAGGCCGAAUGGAGCCAAUAAGGUGGCUACUAGCAGCUGCUGGAGUGGAGUUUGAAGAAAGAAUUCUGAAAACAAAGGAUGAUCUCCAAAAGUUAAGGACAGAUGGAUUCCUGCUGUUCCAGCAAGUGCCCAUGGUGGAGAUCGAUGGGAUGAAGUUGGUGCAGACCAGAGCCAUCCUCAACUACAUAGCAGGGAAAUACAAUCUCUACGGGAAGGAUCUGAAGGAGAGAGCCCUAAUUGACAUGUAUGUGGAAGGACUGGCAGAUCUGAAUGAGUUAAUCUUGCACCAUGAGUUCAAACCAGCUAAUGAAAUGGAGAAAGACCUUGCUAAUAUUUUGGACAAGGCCACAAACAGAUACUUGCCAGUCUUUGAGAAGGUUUUGAAAGACCAUGGGCAUGACUUUCUUGUUGGCAACAAGCUGAGCAAAGCUGAUGUGCAUUUACUGGAAAACAUUUUAUGGUUGGAAGAGUUGAAGCCCGAUGUACUUGCAAAAUUUCCCCUCUUGCAGAGUUUUAAAGCAAGAAUGAGCAAUAUGCCCAACAUCAAGAAAUUCCUGCAGCCUGGCAGCCCAAAGAAACCAAUCGUUCAGGAAAAGGAUGUACCAGCUGUGUUAGCCAUUUUCAGUUGAGCAGCAGCCUAACUGUGCUGUAACUCCAUUCAAUUGUCUUUUGUGUUUCCUGAGAAGCUAAGUGAAAUGAAUUAAAUUAGUUUAAUUUCACUAGUUUCAUUUCCACAUUGGCAAAUGAAGUUCUUAACUCAGUAGUCUCAAACUUAACAUACUGUCUUAAAUACUUCAUGACCUUUACAGAAAUAAAGUUGACGUUAAAAUGUA